AUGUCGUCCGAAGCCGUUUCGUUUCAUGAUGCGAUUGAAAAUGUUGAAGUGCUUGAUCAGAUCCCUCUUCCUGAUAGCCAGCCUUGUAUUGAAGCGCAGCCGAUUCUUUUGCAGUACAGUGCAGGAUUGGACACGAACUUUGAGGAUAAAAAUGCGUUCAUCACUGGAAUAUCCAAGUAUAUCGAAGAAGCGAGUAGACAUGCCGAACUGAAUGAACUGCUAAUAGAAGGAGAAAAGCAUGCCGUCCAUCUCUACACCUGGAGAUGUUGCUCUCGCGCAGUUCCUAUGGUAAGUUUUGCUUGUUGAAA